CUCCGUAAAGUUCGAUCUAUUCCAUUCCGGAUUUUCCAGAAAUCGAUACCAUCUGCUUCGCAAAUAAUUCGACUCUUAUAAAUUAACUGGUUCGCUUCACUUCGCUUCGAAGGAGGAGAUCGACAUCUUCAAAGACAGAAAGAAGUGAUGAGAGAGGCGUCGAAAUUGCAUUAAUCUUGACUAUUACUGGCUUCAAAACACAGCAACAUGUUACAAGGUAUCAGAGAUGAGGUUCGUCUACGACAUUUUUUUCCUUCGCAUGCCGAUUUUUCGACAUUCACAACUUCAAAGUGGAUAUCUCCAUCCAUCUACCUGGCCUAUCGUUGGGUGGUAGCCAUCUAUAUGUCCAUAGAUCUGAUCCUUGAUCGGCUUUACUUUGGUAGGUGGUACAGCUCAGCCUUUACUAUGUGGGGCCUUAUCACUGUCACACUAUACUUCGACCUGUCGGCUGUCAUGUGUUCAGUCCAGUACUACUUGCAAAAGAACGGCCGAUCAAGUGUUGCCAUAACGACACCCCCAAACUAUAAGGACGCUGAUACACUUUAUAGUGAAUCGGAGAAAGCAAAUCAACGCAACGAAGUUCAUCCUAGAAUGAUCUUGUUGCUAAAACUGAUGUGGAUCCUGUUUAAUAUUGCUGCUGUCAACUCUAUGAUAGUUACGAUAGGUUACUGGGGACUUCUUCAUAGCAAGUUUGGCCAAAAAUCCCUCGUUGGUCGUAUAGGUUACCAUAACAUCACAGCACAUCUGUUGAAUGGCGUCUUGAUGCUUCUCGACGUGAUGCUGGUACCAUUUCCAGUGCGCAUCCUACACUGUGUCUACUCCACUAUUUAUGGAUUCUUGUAUGUAUUUGCUACCUUGAUUCACUGGCUGGCCAGCAGGAAGACCAAGAAGUUUUACGACUUUCUUGACUACACAAACAAUCCUGGCCUCGCUGCUAUCACUGUCUGCAUAUGUUUCUUCGUCAUUCAUCCACUUUUUCAAUUGUUGCUCUACUUUCUUUAUCGAUUCCGCGAGUGGCUUCUCACUAAGUGCGUACGACUAAAUCCACCCAAAGAUACCGUUAAAGAACUUCAUUGCGUCGCGUAGCAAGUCCAGUUAUUUUACACCAUAUGACAUUGAACAUGAAUAUAUCUUUGAUCUAGUCAUAAAUAUCCAUUCAAUAUUUACUGAAAUGAAAUUAUCUUAGCUCUAUUUGAACGCUCUCCAGCAUUCCUCUUUCUCAUUGGAGAUACAUAUGAUUUAUUUGUACGAUAGUUUCACCAUCAAUUGUGCAAGUCAGUCUCUGUUUCUUAGACUUCUCAGGGAAAACCUUAAAGUACAGCGUAGACGACUCUGUAUUGAUUGUACAUUUUCGUGAACAUUGACUUUAAAAAUAUAUAGAACUGCAUUACGUUUUGCUAUGACAUUGUAAAAAAUGAUAUUGUACUCAAUGAAAUGAUACUACGCACCC